AUGGAAAUGGGGUCUGAUGAAAAAGUAGGGCUAAUGAGAAAAGGGUUUGAAUGGGUGAAGAAAUGGGUGAAGGGGUUGGUGGCAAAGUUAGUGGAAGUUAGAAGCAAGGCAAUAGCUUUGGGUAAAGAUGAUCCAAGAAGGGUUAUUCAUUCACUAAAACUAGGGCUUGCACUCACCAUUGUCUCAAUACUUUACUAUUACAACCCACUUUAUGCCAACUUUGGAGUUUCUGCAAUGUGGGCUGUCAUGACUGUUGUUGUUGUCUUUGAAUUCUCUGUAGGGGCAACACUACGAAAAGGGUUGAAUAGGACAUUUGCAACACUAUUUGCUGGUGCUUUAGGAGCUGGAGCUCAUUAUUUGGCUGCCUUAUCCGGACAUGUUGGCCAGCCAAUCAUAACCAGUAUCUUUGUCUUUCUACUAGCGUGCAUAUUGACGUUUAUGAGGUUCGUUCCGAGUAUCAAAGCGAAAUAUGAUUAUGGAAUGAUGAUAGGCAUUUUAACAUUUGCUUUGGUAUCCAUAUCUGGCAUUCAAGAUGAUGAAGUAGUUUUGCUUUUUGAGAAGAGGAUUUCAACCAUCUUCCUUGGUGUCUGCGUUUGUGUGCUUAUUUCUAUUUCCAUUUCCCCAGUUUGGGCUGGUCAAGAUCUCCACAAUCGCAUUGCUCUCAACAUUGAAAACUUGGCCAUCUUCUUGGAAGGAUAUGGAUCAGUUGAAUGCUUAAAAAGCUUACAAGAUGAACAAUUCACUCAAGAAUAUAAAAGUAUUCUCAAAUCAAGUGGCAUUGAAGAGACAUUGUAUAAUUCUGCGCGAUGGGAGCCCGGUCACGGAUGUUUCCAGUUUCGUCAUCCAUGGAAUCAGUACCUUAAAAUCGGAGCUUUAACGUCCCAAUGUGCCUUUAGAAUUGAUGCCCUUUGUCGCAAUCUCUCUUCUUCUAAUAUUCAAGUAUCACAAAAGAUUCAAACAGAAAUCCAAGAGACAUGCAUGGAGAUGAGCAUGGAAUCAGGGAAAGCACUGAGGCAGCUGGUUUCAUCCAUAAGGGAAUUAACUCAACCAACUCAAGCACAAAUCUACACACAAAACUCAAAAUCAGCUGCCAAAAGGCUCAAAACCUCACUCAGAUCAUCACACUUCUGGGAAGAUUGUGAUUUCUUGACCCUCGUCCCGGCCGCCACGGUCGGGUUGCUGCUCAUCGACGUGGUCGAAUGUACCGAGAAAAUCUCAGAAGCUGUUCAAGAACUAGCCUCUUUGGCUCAUUUCAAGAGUGGGAAGGCUGAGCCAAUGCAAAUUGAGAAGGAAAAAGUGCAGCCCAAUAUUGGUGUUUCUUUUGUUACAAUACCAAUUAGUAGUGUGUGAAUUUGAGAGUUGUAAUUAGAUGGAAAUGAAACUAACAUUAAUCAGCUUGGAUGAAGUUGAUUUUGUUGGUUGAUCUUCAAACAGAAGUAGAAUGUUGUGUCAAUUAUUUUAA